AUGGGGCUCCUGGGUGAGGGGCAUCGAGGCGACCCAGAGCCUAAACUCACUGAGGUCAUCCCCAAGUCAGCGGUCGGGGAGCUGUCGGACGACUCCAGCAAUGUGGUGCAGCUCAUCAAGAACGCCUACAACAAACUCUCCUCCAGGGUCUUUCUGGACCACAACAUGGUCCCCAGCACCCUGAAAGUCACCUACAGCUCCUUCUGCAGUAAUGGGGUAUCGCAGGUGGACCAGCCCAGAGGGGACUGCGACGGCGUCCAGAUCAACGUCCCGAUUACCUUCCAGGUGAAGGUCACGGCCACGGAGUGCAUCCAGGAGCAGUCCUUCGUCAUCCGGGCACUGGGCUUCACGGACACGGUGACGGUGCGGGUCCUCCCUCAGUGUGAGUGCCACUGCCGGGCCGAGAGCCAGGCCCGCGGCCUCUGCGGCGGCAAGGGCUUCCUGGAGUGCGGCAUCUGCAGGUGUGAGGCCGGCUACAUCGGGAAGAGCUGUGAGUGCCAGACGCACGGCCGGAGCAGCCAGGAGCUGGAGGGCAGCUGCCGGCGCGACAACAACUCCAUCCUCUGCUCGGGGCUGGGGGACUGCCUCUGCGGACAGUGUGUGUGCCACAGGAGUGACGUGCCCAACAAGAAGAUCUUCGGGCGCUACUGCGAGUGUGACAACGUCAACUGCGAGCGCUACGAUGGGCGGGUCUGCGGGGGCGAGGAGCGGGGCAGCUGCGCCUGCGGCAAGUGCUACUGUAAGGAGGGCUUCGAGGGCUCGGCCUGCCAGUGUGAGCGGUCCACCCGGGGCUGCCUGAGCGCCGAGGGCUUCGAGUGCAACGGGCGCGGCCGCUGUCGCUGUAACGUGUGCGAGUGCGAUGCGGGCUACCAGCCGCCCCUGUGCCUGGAGUGCCUGGGCUGCCCGUCGCCCUGCGGCCGGUACAUCACCUGCGCCCAGUGUCUCAAGUUUGACCAGAGCCCCUCGGGGAAGAACUGCAGCGUGGAGUGCGGGAACGUGGGCCUGCUGAGCAAACGCCCGGAAAAGGGCCGCAGGUGCAAGGAGCGGGAUCUGGAGGGCUGCUGGAUCACCUUCACCCUGCGGCAGCGGGUCGGCAGGGACAGCUACGACAUCCACGUGGACGACACCCGAGAGUGUGUGGGGGGCCCCAAAAUCGCCCCCAUUGUGGGGGGCACUGUGUCGGGAGUUGUGCUCAUCGGCAUCCUUCUGCUGGCCAUCUGGAAGGCUCUGACCCACCUGAGUGAUCUCCGGGAGUACAAGCGAUUUGAGAAGGAGAAGCUCAAGUCCCAGUGGAACAACGAUAACCCCCUUUUCAAGAGCGCCACCACGACAGUCAUGAACCCGAAGUUUGCUGAGAGUUAGGGCGCUUGGUGAAGAUAGCGCUGUCUGAACCAGAUGGAAACACCCCCAAAUCACAUCUCCGCCAGGCUCCUCCAGGGAUAUGGCUCACAAUCCUUGACAAUUUCACCCAUUAACCGAAAAUCCACUGUUGUUUUCUGCUGUUGAAAUAAUAGGUAUGCUCAGGUGACAAUAUGGACAUGUCGGAAGGGACAGCCUCCCCCCCUGAUGUGUCUGACCUUGUGGUAGAGAUUUGAAGAAGGAAUUGCUUGGGUCUUAUGAGGUUAGAUGUGUUUUCCUAUAAAACUUAGAGUGGCAAUCUCAUUGUGGCACAAAUUUAUUUAUAUUUGAACUUAUCAGGGUAUAAAAAUCACAUCCCAUUGAUGAUACUGUUUCCCAAUCGUGUGUAUAGAAAAAAUAAAUAAAACUUCAGUCGAGGCUGUGUGUGGA